AUGGACUUCACGCCAAGAAACAUCGUGAACGUAAGCGGAGAUUGCUUCGACCAUGUUAGAGUCUUCUCUGAUGGAAUGUGGAAUGUAAAACACGGGGAAAGUAUUCUUCAGCAUUCAUUGGUUCGUUUCCAUGUUCAAUUGAUUGUGAUUUUCCUGCUUGUGAACUCUUUUCACUUGGUGCUCCAACGAUUCCAUUUUACCCAUUUCACCUCCGAGAUCCUGGCAGGUAUAGUAUUGGGACAAACUGUAUGGAGAGACAAUGACAAAUCAGAGCUCUUGUUCCCUACAGUAGUGCGCAAUCAAGUCUUUGCUUCAUUAUCAAAGAUUGGUUACAUUCUGUUCUCGUUCUUGAUUGGUGUGAGAAUGGAACCAAGUUUGAUAUGGAAAACAGGAAGAACUGCCACUUUUUUAGCGACUCUGCUGUUCAUAUUCCAUCACAUAGCAAUGCUAAGCAUCGACGUCACGUUUGACAAAGAUAAGGAGAAGUUAACUGCGGGAUUCGUGCUUGCAAAAGAAGCAUUUUCAGCUAUAUAUUUUGCUUCGAUAACCACUACCGAAUUUGUUAUGGUCAGUACCAUUUUAAUGCAGCUUAAGAUAAUAAAUUCGCAGCUUGGACACCUUGCUCUAGCAUCCUCAUUGUUAUUCAAAUUGGCAACCUUUGCAGUAGGAACUUUGUUUGGUUUCAUAAAUGCUUUUGUAAAUAUAUCGUCUCAAGUGGGAGCUCGGAUCGUUAUUUAUUCUCUCGCACUUAUCGUGUUUACUGUAGUCGUGUCGAGGAAAACAAUGCUCUUCUUCAUUAGAAGCACACCAGUAGGUAAGCCUAUGAAGGAAAUCUACACCACUAUGACUGUAGGCGUACUAUUUUUAUUGUCAGCAAUUGGUGACGAAGUAGGACUGCAUUAUAUGUAUGGCCCUUUAAUACUUGGCCUGGCAGUGCCUGCACGGUCUCCUUUAGCUGAAGUCCUAGUAGCAAAGUUCGAUACAUUGGUUUCAGGAUUUUUUCUACCACUCAUGGCGGUGUUCUGUUCCUCCAAACUCAAUUUAUUUCAGUUUAUCCACGAGUUUAAGGAUGCUGUCCAUCUCCAGAUUUCAUUGAUUGGAUAUGUGAUGAAGCUGCUGGUAACUUUUAUCGGGGCGUAUUUUUGCAAGAUACCUUUAAGACAUGCUAUUGCCCUCACAAUCAUCUUGAAUGCCAAAGGCAUUACUGAAAUUGCACAAUUUUUAAGCUUCGGUGACAUUACGGAACUAGACGCAGCCUCUGGAAUUUUCUUAGUAUUUCUGUUACAAGCAUUUCAGCCACUCCUUAUUAAAAAGCUUUACAAUCCUGCAGACCAAUACAUUGGGUACCAGAAUAAAUCCAUUGAGAAGGCUUCUGAUGAUGCGGAGCUCCAGAUACUUGCCUGUGCACAUAGGCAAGAGGAUGCUGUUGCGGCAAUCAAGCUCUUACAGUAUUCCAAUCCUACAAAACAAAGUCCCUUGUCCGUUUAUGUACUUUGCCUGGAGGAACUCGUUAGCAGUUCCACCCCUCUUCUAAUCAAUCACCAAUUAGGCCAAAAAAUGUCCUCUUACAGGGUAUCCCGCUCACAACCAGUCAUUGAUAUCUUCAAGUAUUUUGAGUCACAGUACAAGAAGUUCGUCCGGGUGAAUAUGUUCACUGCCGUAUCGCCACUAAAACAGAUGCAUGAGGACAUUUGUUGGCUCUCUUUUGACAAGGCUUGCUCCCUAAUAAUACUUCCAUUUCAUAAGAAAUGGAAUAGCAAAGGCAAAUUGGUUUCCAGCAACACUGAUACAAGGAACUUGAAUAUUACUGUACUGGAAAGGGCACCUUGUUCUGUUGGCAUCCUCAUUGAUCGUAGUAGAACCCAGGGCUUGUCUUCUAUCUUCCUUGCGUCAACAUAUCGUGUGGCUGCACUGUUCUUUGGAGGCCCAGAUGAUAGGGAGGCAGUUGCUUAUGCCUUAAGGAUGGCAGGAAGAUUUAGACUUCAUUUAACAGUUAUGCGUUUUAUCACCCCUACUACUGAGCAAGUCUAUCAUGAUUGGGAUUACAUGCUUAACAGUGAAUUUUUGAGAAACUUGAAACUUGGAGUGUCAGAAAGUAGUAGUAUCAAUUACAUAGAGGAGACUGUGAGAGAUGGAGCUGACACAUCAUCCAUAAUUAAGUCAAUGGUGGGAGGUUAUGACCUUAUCAUGGCAGGGCGGCGCCAUCAAACUGAGCCACAAGCUUUUUCAGGUCUAUCAGAAUGGAUGGAUUUGCAAGAGCUUGGGCCGAUAGGGGACCUGCUUGCUUCUGAGGACAUUACUAGUGCAAUUUCAGUUUUGGUGGUUCAACAGCAGAUCAUGAAAGCAAGUCACAGCAGUACUUUGAAUUAA